CUGAGUUUAAGCAAACAUUCUACUGGCCUACUAAGUCCCAACAUAGUUACAGCAAAUUCCGCGUAUAUACCAUACAUGUCCGAUAUAUAGCAGGCAAUUUGAAAAGUUUUUGCGAGGUUUUUUUGGAAUUUUCUUGCGGCAUCAGCGUUACACUGCAGUCCUAAUGCCCUUGGAAAUUUCAAAUAAUGGCACGACAUAAGGCAAAAUACACUUACUUUAAUGUAACAUAAAUUUUUGCAACAAAUGUUCAAUUAAUUAACUAGUGAUAUAAAUUAGCAAUCGACAGUCGAAAUGGAGAAAUCGCGAGGUCGGUGUAUGCUUGCUCAAAUUUGUCUUCAAAUUAUGCUGCCAACAAGCAAAGGUGGGUUAGUGGUUCGCUGUGUUAGCGUUCAGGUGAUCAACGGCAAAGAGGAGAAGUUUGUAUGUUUACCUGCUUAUUUAUAAAAAUAAAUGCGUAAAAUAAAUCUUAUUUGCAAUUCACAAACUGCUACUAAAUAAAUCUUAAUGUUAAUGAAGUGUAAGGUAUGCUCUGCUACAAGAAUAUGCAAAUAUUGGUGAACUAGAACUAAUGCAAAGCAAAUGAAGCUGGUGAAGUGGAAAGUAAUAAUUUAAAAUCUCUUUAAUAAACAAAUUUCGAGAGAAAGUGAGUUAGUUGUGUUAUCAGAAACUAUAAAAGACAAUGCUUCGCUAAUUAGGAAGCAUAUUAAAAUCUAUCAUCAGCAUGAAGUUUAGUCUGAAUUCAUAUUUUAUUCUAAUUUGUUUUUGUGUGAGUGCUUUGAACGCAGCUAAACAUGUAAGAGACCGAAACAGAGAAAAUUUAGUUAUUGGCGGGCAAAAAGUGCCAAUUGACGGAGCACCCUGGGCGGUUUCUGUUAUAAGAAACCAUCAGUUAAUUUGUGGCGGCUCCUUAUUAACCAAUGAUGUCGUGAUUACGGCGGCCAGUUGCAUCAAGGCUAUAGAACCAGCGGAACUUUUGGUUCGAGCAGGCACUACAGCCUUCAAAAAUAACGGUAAACUACGCAGAAUCAAGGAGACCGUUCAUCAUCCAAAAUAUGUGGAAGGCAGCCACGCUUAUAACGUAGCUCUGCUACAUUUAUUACGACCAUUCAAUAAUACUGAUGCACUUGUGGGACAAGUAAAAUUACCUGAUGCGGAUUCGACACUGCCAUCAGCAAUAAAUAUUUUUGGGUGGGGACUAUCAAGCAAUAAAACUAAUGUAAUAAUGACUAAAAAUUUGCGUUUCACAAAAACUAAAAUAUAUUCGGAUAAGAAGUGUGCCCAAUACCUGACUGAAGAAGAAGACACUGAUUACGUAUUUUGCUCUGGCGAUCGCACAAAGAUUUCAGACAUUUGUACUGACGAUCCCGGUAGCGCGGCAAUAUUCAAUGACAACGUUCAGUUUGGUGUGGUGUCGGAUGGCGGAGCAUGUUCAGAAACACGUACGACAAUUCUAACUAAUUUGGCCAAACACACGAAAUGGAUUAAGAAUUUAUUAAACGAAUUCGAGCGUGAAAAUAAAAAUAAGAAAACAUACUAGAUUUGUGACAGAUUCAGUUCUUAACUGAAGAAAAAUGUAUUAAACAUUCUGAUUAGCAGCAGCACUGAGAACCUUGUAUCUUGGAUUACUAUUUUAGUUUUGCAUAUGUAUGUAUGUAUAUAUAUAUUUUUAUAUACAAAAUGUCACUUAAAAAUUGUGACUCUUAAGUCAUGUGUACAAAUAAAAUACUCUACUUAAAUGAGAAAGUAAACGCGAGAAUUCCCCUUAAAAAUCAUAUUCCACUUCCUGUCGUAAAUUUAUAAAAUUAGUUCGCAAUGCAUGCCACUGGUUUUUUGGCCCUUGAUAUAAGAUCUAUUUUGUAAUACAUAACAUACAUAACUAAUCUUUGAAAAAUGUUAGAAUAAAAAAUGUUACGGUACACCCGAACUCAAUUCUUCCUUACUUGUUAUACGUUAUAAACUACUUAUUUCUCAAUUGGUCCGUUUAAAAUGCGCCCGCAAACCACGAUUGGUGCAAUCUUUUUUACGUUCUUAUAAAGUUUGAUUUUCAUAAGUCAAUUAGUGCAUGUUUGGUAGCUGUUUGUUUCCGAAGCGGCAAGUUUACUUUAUUCCACACAGUAUUUGAGUGGAACCCCUUUGAUAAUGACGAUAGCAGCCAAAAAGUUAAAGUAACAGAGCUUGAAAAUCGUUGUUUUGGUAUUGGAGAGAGACCUCAACAUCUCUUAAGGAUCGACUCAACACAUUUGGUUUACUGUCUAUGAAGCGUGUCAAUGCUCGACUUGUAACAAAAGAGAUUCUUGAUAAAAUAACUGAGGACCCCAUAUUCAUCUAACACAUCAUUACUGGUGAAUAUGACUUCGAAACUGUCCAAUAGUCUAAUGAAUGGCACUUUAAAAAUGAGCCGAAACUGAUGAAACUAAAAUUCGAUGAAGGCACUGAAUGCCAUCCUAUCCGGGGUUUAUAAUAAGUGUUUAGAAUAUUCGAUUAAGUUUCUAUAGGCCUACUUUGAAGGUAACUCGUAUAAUUAAGAAUUUCAUUACAAAACAGUAAACAUUUAUUUUGUAGAGGAGCAUCUGGGGUACUGAUGUGAUGAGAGGUCGUGCUUCUAAUAUAAAUUUGCAACGGAAAAUAAUAAAAAACCAUUUAAUAAUUGAAAGCUAAUACGUUUAAUUCACUUUAGUUAAGUAUUGAAAGUUCAUAAAUCAGUUGUUGUAAAAUAUCAAAAAAUAGCAAGCAGGGAUUUAAGGGGCUCAUCCCGUGUGACGUCUGUUUUUGUUUUAAGUGUUUUUCGGAUUUUUUUAUAUUGAAAUGAAAAUGGGUUUUCAAAUUUUUACUCAAUAUUUACCUAUGUAUUUUUCUUUUCAAGUAAAAAUAUUUUGUUAAUUACGAGAUUCUUUCUAAUAUUCGCUCUAAUAGAACCAAUUAAUAAAAAAGGGAGACCAUUGUCGUCCAUAAUUCCAGCAGACUGACUUUUCGCAGGAAAAAGUGUUUGUUCUACCCACCGCUCUUAAAAUGUAUGGCACAUCGAUCGUUGCGCUAUGCUUUUCUUGCAGCACAGAUGUCGGGAGCUUACGAGCGCACUGCGCAACGAUGGGGGACAAAAAAUUCAAUAUCUUUGGAAUGGUAUGAAUGAACAAAACUUUUUUUGCAGUUUAUUAAAGGUGAAUAUUUUCCUCGUUGUGUCACAUACUUUUCAGUUUUUUUUAGCGUGAAGAACACUUAAAAAAUUUCAAUUGUUUAAAAAAAAAUUAUGUAAACUAUUAUUAUUUAAACAAAUGGAUCAUAAAAAAAUAUUUAUAAUAUAGCACGAACAUUUUUCUUUGACUUCACAAAAUUUCAUCGAUUUAGUUUAUGAGAAAAUAAUUUUACAAUUUUAUCGUCCUCUAAAUUUCAACCUUCAAUAACUUUAACAAAAGAAAAAAACAAUUUUAACGAAAUCCUAAUGAACUGCUAAUUUUCAAAAUCGGAGAUUUUUCGAAAUUUUCAUAGACCACUUGACGUGGUUUGACCCAUUCGUAUAUAUAUAUGUACAUACAUAUAUUAAUUUUUAUACUCUUGCAACCUGUUACUACAGAAUAUAAUACUGUUGUACAUAUGUAUAACCUAAAACUAAGCCUUAGAUAUCGAUAUUACCACUCAAAACUUUCAAACAUGGUCGGAC